CCGCAUUAUGUUUACAAAUUCCCAAUUCCCGGUAAAAGUGGCAACAAAACAAACAUAAAUGGAAAACACUUUAUGACUUUUGAUUGAAGCAGCUUUAUACUGUCAUAGGACGAUUCGACAUUCCCUUUUGAACCAAAAAAUGCAGUUAUGACUUAAAAGUUAAAUCAGGAGAGAAUAAGUGCUAUGUAUGAGGCAAGAUGUCAAAAAAUAUUCACAGUGGGUGUUACUGUUGUGGGGUGACGCCUUCAGCAAGGAUGGAUAUAGAUGCAGCGCUUGAUGAACUGGGAAUGCUGAGCAGUGUAACAGAGAGCCGAAAACAGUACAUGCAGGAAAGAAUGAGAACAAGAAGUGAAAGUGCAUUGAUAACAAAACGUCAAAUGUAUCCCAAAUCUCACAGUCUACCAGCCAGCUCAGCCUCUUCAAGCUAUCAAAUAGUUCACUUAGACACUAAAUAUAUAACCGGAUUUACUGAUACUCCAAAUCCGGAGGAUAUGAAAUCCAGUAUUAGACAGUUGCCGCAGUCUUCAACUGAUGAAGUGUUUGUCGAUUAUUCAAAAGAUUACAGAACGCAGCAAGAGAAUAUGGAUUCAGCUGCCGAACAAAGGAGGAAAAUGAGGCUGAAAUUUAAACGUGAAGACAUAUCAGCGCGUAAUAGGAGACUACUGGCUCGGAAACGGGCUAAACAACCAUAUGAAGUUCCCUGGAGACUGACUCAAUCUUUCCAAGAUAGCUUAUUGUCACGUUCAGAUGACAUUCCGGAAUCUAAGUCAAAUUCUUCCUCUCCAGUUAAACCGUUGAAUCCAGAAUCUCUAACAAGGUCAAGGUCAUUGGAUAAUAUUGAUUUUUCGGCGUUCUUUAUCUCUGAGAAUCGCGAUAGACAAGAUAUUGACAAUGUAGCAUCUGGUCUUAAAAAUCUAAAUUUUUCUGAUACUUAACAGCUGUGGUUUAAUGUGUUAAGUUAUAGCUUUUUUUUCUUUAAUUUAUCCUACAGUAUGUCCUGUGAGUAUGAGAUAUUACAUGUCAGUAUUCUCAUUCAAGUUAAUUGCUUAUCUUGUUACUGUAAAAGCACAUAUUUUCGCAAGGUCAUAAUUUAGCAUACUUGAAAUAUUUUUCGUGAGGUUUAUUACUCAUGAGAUUGUUAAGUAGAGUUAGCCUGCUUAAAUCGGCUUUUUAAUAAGUCUGUGUCCAUAAAACUUACACAUUGUGAAGCGUUAACUGGUUUAAUUAAAUACAUUACAUACAUGUACAUGACAUACAAAAGUAAUUAUAUGAUUUCUAAAUUAAAUAUUUAUGUAAUUCUCUUCAUCAUCAAAUUAUGAUAUCCUUAAGUAGUUAUGGAAAACUUGGAACAUGUCCGAUUUUCAGCACGACUAUAUGAAGUAUGUGGAGAGCUAACCUACUCAACCUGGCAUCGGCAUCUGCAUCCUUCCGCGUCCCCACCUUGGUUAAAGUUUUUUUUUACACUUUCUCUUUUUUUCUCCGUACCUCUGUAAUUACAUGUACUUGAUGGAUUUGUUUCAAACUUAAAAUAGUUAUUCCUUAUUAUCACCCACAUCAUAUGGCACAAGGGCCAUAACUCUCACACCAAUAUUUCAUGAAUUAUCCCCUCUUUUUACUUAGAAUUUCAUGUUAAAGUUUUGAUGCACUUUCACUGUAUCUUAAUUAUUACGAAAUGGAUUUGAUUCAAACUAAAAGUAAUUGUUCCACAUCAUCUCCCACAUCAUAUGACACAAGGUACAUACCGGUAACUCUGGUACCAAUAUUUAAUGAAUUAUCCCCCACUUUUACUCAGAAUUUCAGGUUAAAGUUUUGAUGCACUUUCACUUUAUCUCAGUUAUUUCUAAAUGGAUUUGAUUUAAACUUAAAAUAGUUGUUCAGCAUCAUCACCCACAUCAUAUGACACAAGAGCCAUGACUCUUGCUCCAAUAUUUCAUGAAUUAUCUCCCCUUUUUUAGCUCACCUGUCACGAAGUGACAAGGUGAGCUGUUGUGACCGCUUGAUGUCCGUCGUCCAUCGUGCAUAGUCCGUCGUCCAUCGUCCGUCGUCAGUCAACAAUUUCUAAAAAAAUCUUCUUCUUGAAAACCACUGGGCAGAAUUACACAAAACUUCACAGGAAUUAGCCUUGGGUGGCCCCCUUGCAAAAUUAUUCAAAGAAUUGAAUUCCAUGCAGAACUCUGGUUGCCAUGGUAACUGAAAGGAAAAACUUUAAAAAUUUUCUUGUCCAAAACCACAGGGCGCUAGGGCUCUGAUAUCUGGUGUGUAGCAUCAUCUAGUGGUCCUCUACCAAAAUUGUUCAAAUUAUCCCCUAGGAUCAAAUAUGGCCCCACCCCGGGGGUCACAUGGUUUAUAUAGACUUAUAUAAAUCUUCUUGUACAAAACCACAUGGCCUAGGGCUUUGAUAUUUGGUAUGUAGCAUCAUCUAGUGGUCCUCUACCAAGAUUGUUCAAAUUAUCCCCCUAGGGUCAAAUAUGGCCCUGCCCCGGGGAUCACAUGGUUUAUAUAGAUUUAUAUAGGGAAAACUUUGAAAAUCUUCUUAUAGACUUAUAUAAAUCUUCUUGUACAAAACCACAUGGCCUAGGGCUUUGAUAUUUGGUAUGUAGCAUCAUCUAGUGGUCCUUUACCAAGAUUAUUCAAAUUAUCCCCCUUGGAUCAAAUAUGGCCCCGCCCCGGGGGUCCCAAGUUUUACAUAGACUUAUAUAGGAAAAAGCUUUAAAAAUCUUCUUGUCUGAAACCAUACGACCUAGGCUUUUGAUAUUUGGUAUGAUGCAUUGUCUAUUAGUCCUCUACCAAAAUUAUACAAAUUAUGCCCCUGGGGUCACUUAGUUAUUAUUUGAGUUAUAUAGGAAAAAUACUUUAAAAAUCAUCUGAUCCUAUUUCCAAGACUGUUUCAUUAUAAUUACCUGAUGACCCCAAGUGGUAUGAUGUCACUUGACUGUGACCUUGACCUACUGACCUACUUUUUUGCUUUUUAAGAUACAGCCUUGAAAUUUUGAUGACAUACACAGUUUUGCACACAAAUUGUAAAACUGAAUUUCAUUGACCAUGAAUGUGACCUACUGACUUUCUUAAUAUUUUAUCAUCAGUUUGACAUUUGAAACACGUAACUCAAUGAUAUUACUCAGGUGAGCGAUCCACAUAAUCACCCACAUCCUAUGACAAAAGGUGCAUAACUCUUGCACCAAAUUAUAUGAAUUAUGUCCCCUUUUUGAUUAGAAUUAUACUUAGUGUUUUGAUAGACUUUAUCUUUAUCUCUCUUAUAACUUGAUAUUUUUGACACAGACUCAAGCCAUUGUGCAGUAUCUUCAUCUACCACUGGAGUCAUUAAACACUCCAUUGACAGCUCCAGCUUCCUCAGAUGUGCCCAGUUUCACUAUCCAACAUCAAAAUAGUCGAGCGCGCUGUCUCCUGUGACAGCUCUUGUUGUAAAUAUUGCCAUUUGCAUUUGAUAUGUUGUGCAAUGUUUGCAUAAUGACAAUAUAUUUCCUGAUUUGCUUUAUUCUAAUGGUUAAUAUUUAUGUUUGCGAGGGUGAGGAACCUCUCAAAUGUAGAGAAAACUAAACCCUGUGAAAAUUUCUGCUUUUACAGCAAGAUGAAAAUUGUUUAAAGUAUUUCAAGAGACUUUUUUUUGCUAUUUAUUUAAGAAAAUACAAACCAUUUUUAGAAAACAUAAAAUUAACAUAUUUAUAUUUAUUUGUAUUAACAGUACUAUGUAUUAGGCUUAAAUAGUACACAUUUACAUGUAUGCAUUGUAUAGCUAAAUACAGCGGAGAUCUAUAUGUAAUACCAAUAAAAGAAGUGGAAGUUUUUUUU